GCCCUCGAUUGUUUGACACCUCUAAAACAGUGGCCAAAAACAAAACUCCGACAUGUCACCGAAAUACACGCACGCGAUUGUGGCCAGAAUCUCGGAGGCCCUACUCGAGAGCGGGCCGUUCGAUGUGAAAUUGGCUAAACGCCAGCACGAACAAUACUGCACUUUGCUGCGGGAGAUUGGCCUGGAUGUCAUUGAGCUGCCGCCCGACGACCUGCUGCCGGAAGGCGUCUUCGUCGAGAACAGCGCUGUGAUCUGCAAUGGAGUGGCUCUCAUAGGCCGAUCGGAUAAUGCCAAGCGUCGACGCGAGGCCGCCAGUAUGGCAAUCAUUCUAAAGAAAGAGCUUGAAAUUCCCGUUAUAGAAAUAGACGAUCCUCAUGCCAGGCUAGAUGGCGGGGAUGUGCUCUUUACGGGACGAGAGUUUUUCAUUGGCAUAUCUGGGUGUACCAACGAAGAAGGUGCGCGAGCCGUAGCCAUGGCAUAUCCCGAGUAUCCAGUCACACCAAUUCGGGUCAAUGGAUCGAAACGUUUAAAAUACUACGUCACCAUGGCCGGCCCGGAUGUUCUGUGUGUAAGCAAGAGUGCACCGUGCCAGGAGAUCGUGAAGCGGAUGGAGCGAGAGGCCAGCUUCACUUACCAGAAGCUAACGCUACCCGAGGAGAGUGCGGCCAAUAUGUUGUACAUAAAUGGAACCAUUGUCCACAGAUCCCCUACGGAAAUUCCAGAUGCAUACAAGACUUUGAAGGAGAAAAUUGACAUUCCAACACGCAAUAUAAACAUAAGCGAAUUUAGCCAAUACUCCAGUGGGCUGACCUCUUCCUGCCUCUUGCUGCGACGCUGGAAGUCCAUACGCAGCAUCUGAGACGAGUGGAUAUGCCGAUAUGAGAAAUUGCCAUCAGAAACUCGCAGAGACAGCACUAUGUGUCACCAUGGUGUCCACCAUGGUGACAUCUAUCAGCAAUAUCGUAUUAUAAUUUACACAUUUCUUGUUAUUGUUCUAAAUGUAAGAUAAAAUAUUUAAUAUUGACUUAAACGAACAUCCUGAUAGUCGCGCCAACGGUUAUGAUAAUUGCGAUGAUCUCUUUACUCCAUUUGGCAUUAUUUUCUGAAUCAUUUAAUUCGUUAUGGACAUCAUCAUCAAAACCAUCAAGAUGAUCACACCUAGGUCCCUCUCUAUAAAUUCGCAGCUGAAUUCAGAAAAUAAAUUACCUUAUAAUUA